GUCAGCUGGUUGAGAGGCAGGUGUAGAGUACCGGAUAGAAGCCAGCCUUGGCUAUUCAUCCACUUCCUUCUUCCUCCUCCUUUGUCAACUGGCCUUGCCAUCAACCGCUGUGGAAAAUCCACCUGCUGCUGGGUCCACAGAUUCUCCGUGGGACAGUCCGGCCGCCCGCCAGCGCCAGCAGGGUCUCCCGGGUACAGAAGUCUUGUUGCCCAGGAGCCAGGAAGCCUUCAACCUCUGCCGUCCCUACUGCUGGACGGCCAGUCGCUUGGCCUUGGGACGAGGCAUCCUGCAGGUGGCUUCCAGGCCCUCGUGUGUGUCCAGCUGGGGCCGCACUGACCCAUGGAGCCGCUCGGCAGGCCCCAGCCACAGCGUCUCUGGUGCCGGCACCUCCCGGGGCUGCUGCUGCUGCAGCUGUGUCUAGCUGUGUGUUUGUUCUCCUACAUGCGCGUGGUCCGUGAGAGCCCCAGCACGUUCACGGCACUGGAUCCAGACACCAUCUCCCCCAAUGCCUCCAGCCGCCGGCCCCUGGUGGUCCUGCUAUGGAGCUGGCCUUUCAACCGACCUGUGAAACUGGUCCGCUGCUCGGCCCUGCGGCCCAGUGCAGAUGACUGCGAACUGACCGCUAACCGUAGUGUGUACCAGCGGGCGGAUGCCGUCAUUGUACAUCACCGGGAGGUUAGCGCGCAGCCCCAAAGGCAGCUUCCGCCGUCCCCGCGGCCAGCCGGACAGCGCUGGGUCUGGUUCAGCCUCGAGUCCCCCAGCAACUGCAGGCACCUACAGGCCCUGGACGGCUACUUUAACUUGACCAUGUCCUACCGCAGCGACUCGGACAUCUUCACACCCUACGGCUGGCUCGAACCCUGGGCGGAUGCCCCCACCGCUGCAGAGCAGGUCAACCUGUCAGCCAAGACGGAGCUGGUGGCCUGGGCGGUGUCCAACUGGCAGCCAAAGUCAGCCAGGGUGAAAUACUACCAGGAACUUCGCGCCCACCUCCCCGUGCAUGUGUUUGGCGCUGGCCACCAGUCACUGCCCCAGGCCUCCAUGAUGGAGACCCUGAGCCGCUACAAGUUCUAUCUGGCCUUCGAGAACUCCCAGCAUCCUGACUACAUCACCGAGAAACUGUGGAAGAACGCACUGCUGGCCGGGGCCGUGCCCGUGGUGCUGGGCCCCAGCCGGAGCAGCUACGAACGCUUCCUGCCACCCGACGCCUUCAUCCACGUUGAUGACUUCGGCAGCCCCAAGGAGCUGGCCCAGCACCUGCAGGCCCUGGACCGGGACCCUGCCCGCUACCUGAGCUACUUCCGCUGGCGGGAGAUGCUGAGGCCUGGCCUGGGGAGCUGGGCCCUGUACUUCUGCAAGGCCUGCUGGCACCUGCAGCAAGAAACCAGAUACCAGGCGGUGCCCAGUAUUGCCGCCUGGUUCACUUGAGGGGCCCUGGGGUUUGGGGACUUGGGAGCGGGCAGCCCCACAGCGGGCUAGGCGUGUGCAGGGGGUGGUCUGAUUUGCCUGGGACUCUGCCCCUGGGUCCAGCCCGGCCAGCAGCCUCUGCUGGAAAAUACUAGAAGGUCAACUGACUGCAAUCCA